UGGAUGCCAUGUCUUGCACAUAAAAAAUUGAUAAACCAUUCUUGAAUAAACAAUAGAAGCUUCUAUUUCACACUAUAUAAGGCGACAUUUCCCAUCACAAUUCACACAAACAAACCUUCAUAUCUUAAUUUCCCAUAUAUUUAAUUCCAAUUAAAGCUCAUAAAACAUAACCAUGGUUGCCAUCACUUAUGAUAUGGAGGUUCCUUCCUCAGCCCCAGCUGCAAAGAUGUUCAAAGCCAUGGUGCUCGACGCCGACACUCUCAUUCCCAAGAUCAUGCCUCAGGCCAUCAAGAAUGUGGAGAUCUUGGAAGGGGAUGGUGGCGUUGGCACCGUGAAGAUCAUUCAUUUUGGCGAAGGGAGUCACUAUACGAGCGCUAAGCACCGCGUGGAGGCCAUUGACAAGGAGAACUUGACACACACAUACAGCAUCAUCGAGGGCGAUGCUCUUGCAGGUGUCCUCGAGUCCAUCACUUAUCAUAUCAAGAUCGUCCCAACGGAAGAUGGGGGAUGCAUAUGCAAGAACAGAAGCAUUUACAACACCAAAGGCGAGGUCGAGAUUAAUGAUGAGAAAAUAAAGGAAGGGAAAGAGAAGGCCAUGGCUAUGUUCAAGGCCAUUGAGGCAUAUGUUCAAUCCAAUCCUGAUGCCUAAGUGUCAACUCAAUUGCUGAUUCUCUCAUUUAUUUUCUUCCCUUUUAAUGCUUGAGUUUGUGCGUUUUUUUUUGUUCUGUUUCUGUAAUGUUGUUAUUUUCUUGAAUUUCAAGUCAAUGAAU